UUCCCAUGAAAUUUCAGUUUGAAGAAAACCUCUUGAGUACCAACUAAUUGUUUUUAAUCCAAGAUUUGGGUUUAGUUAGUUUAUUUAAAAAAAAAAAUGCAAGUUGGAGGAAAAAUGCCAUGUGCUAAGCACAGAAAAGUUCACAUGCCUUCUCUUACCCCAAAGUCCUCUCCUCUAUAACCAUAUAAAACCAAUUUAUGAGCUUUUCAAGAUAGAAUCCUGUGCUUAAAACCCCUACCUUAUUGGUUGUAUGUACAUGUACUACACAUAAACCUUUUUUCUUGUUAAGUAUUCUUUUUUGGUGGGUAAUUGUGUCAAUUUUUUUCACUGAUCUAUUUGAUCCUCUAGUCUUGGUGGGUAAUCAAAGACUCUCUCUUUAACAAAAGUUUCAAUCUUUUCAACUUUUUUCAUCCUUAGAAAUCAUUUCUUAGGAUUUGAUAGAAAAACUACCAUAAAUCUGUUUUGGUUUAAUGGCAGCUUAUUCAUGUUUAUUAGGAAACACAUUUCCUUGGCUAGCUGCCAUAGGCUCUUUACUUGAUUUUGCACCUUCUCCAGGGUGUGUGUAUCUUACAGUUUUUCUCACAUCUUCAGCUCUUAUUCUAUGCCCUUUAAUUGUUUCUUGCUUAAAACCAUGCCCAUAUAAACCAACAUGUGGAGGUGAAUCAGAUAAGAUUAUUUCUACUGAGGAAGAUGUUGUUUGUGAAUCAUGUGUUUCAGAUAAGGUUAUUAGCUCAGAGCUAAAAAUGUUGCAAAAUGAUCAAGAUAAUAGAUACUUGGUAAUGUCAUCAUCAGAAGCAUUACUGUCAGACAGUGAAAACUUAGAUCAGACAAGUUCGAGUGAAGAUUCAGAAAUCGAUUCGAGUUUUCGAGAAAAUGUGAGUCACAGCACAAGCUAUUCAGAUGGGUCAAUCUCAGACGAAGAGAGCUUGAUAGAAAUCGAACUUCCGACAGGUCAUUAUGUGGACUCAAAGAGAACACAAGGCCAAUCAUGGUAUGGGUUUCAACAGAAAUGGCAAGAUUGUUCAUUAGAAUCACAUUUCAAACAGCAACAGCAAAAUUGGAUGGAGAUUUUGAAUGAAAUGAAUGAUGAAAAUUUCAUUGAGAUUGAUAUUUGUAUGGGGUCCAUUAAGUGUUCAAGGUUUGAAAUUGAAGCAUGAUCUUAUGAUGAUAUAUACACACAACCCAAAACAAGAAUUGGGAGUUAUUAAUAGUGGGUAGUGGGUUAAUUUGCACUUGUUUUUGAUCCUUGUUAAGGAUUUGCCCUAACCUUCUUAGGGAAUUGAGUGUUGAACAUUUGAAGGUUGUUCUUUCUUGUUUAGCAUUUGUGCUAUCUUUUGAUUCACCUCGGAUGCCAUACAAGCAUGUUUACUGAAUCUUUCUGUGAUUAAGUAAAGUAAUUAAAUUCUGACAUCCAUUUCUGUUCACAUUGUGCACUCUACUCUUUUUUUUUUUUUUUUUUUAGUAUAUAACAUAUGCUGGGACCUCGAGUCCUCAACCAUAAGCUUAAGUUUUGAGUUGAUUUUUUGACAUGGUAUCUUAUGGAUGGAAUCUCAACCGCCCCUCAUUUAAAAUAUUUGCUCUCCA